UUUAAAUUAAAUCCAAGCUGAACAUUUAAUUAAGAUCUGUUGACUUCCAGUGUUGACUCGUUGACUUUACAGCAGUCCCUCAUACAGGGUAUGCAUGUAGCAACAGUGGAGAAGAAGAACCAGUUCCAGGGUUAAGUGUUCAUUAGAAUUUAAAGUUUGAGAAUGAAGAGGACUUCUUCCCUUAGGUCCUCCACUCAGUAGCAUCUUUCUUUUCAGUUGGGUUUUUAUUUUCCAUCACAACAUGGUAAACAUUGAUGAAAAUAAUUUCUGAUUUCUUAUAUCUCCUGUUUUAUUUGUGUCUGAGCAGGGAGAGUUCAAUCAGGUGUCCACCAGCAGCUUGAUGGAAUCAGACUCUGGUACCAUCAGCAAUGAGCCGAACAGGUCGGCGUUGUGUCGCUACAACUUGCUUCUUUGAGGCUCCAUUGGUGGAGGAGAUUUGAGAUCAAACAGCCUGAAAACGGCCUCACCUGUUGAGUUUGAGUCGCUACAUCACAUUGAGCCGAUGGACACUGGAAGAGUGGAGAUGCAGCGAGCUUCUCCUGCUGGGCAGAUCUGAGAGAAGAAAAUGAGGGUUUAAAUAUACCGUCCUGAUGAGAAGCUGCUUUUAGACCCAGAUGAACACCAUCCAUUCCUGGUUCCCUUCAUUCAUCCAUUCCUGGUUCCCUUCAUUCACCCGUCCGUCUGUCCGUCCUGGUUGCCUUCAUUCAUCAAUUCCUGGUUCCUUCCAUCGUGGUUCCCACUCUCCACCCAUCUUGGUUCUAUUCAUCCAUCCGUCCGUCUGUCCGUCCGUCCGUCCAUACAUCCAUCCAACCUACCUGGUUCCCUUCCAUUCCUGGGAAUUACAUGAACAUUUUGAUUUCUUUACAGGGACGGUGAAAUUGUGAAAUAGGCCAAUUCUCACUUGAAUGGAUAAGAACUUUGAUUAGCAGACCAAAUUCCCAGAAAUCGGAUUUAUUUAUUUUAAUUGUUACCAAGUGUUAGAUGUUUAACUACAUCCAGUUUGGCUCUAUCAUCUAAGUGGCCUGUACUCCCUUUUCUAGCUUGAUUUUUUUUUUAAAUCUAAUUGUUUGGGUUAUAACUAUUUGAUUUUGCAUAACUAAUUAUGCAUAAUUAGGAUGUAAUUUUGUAGAAGUUCAAUUUUACUUUAAUUCACAUAGAGAAGCAAGUAUUUUUCAAAAGAGUCGCACCGGCCAAUAUAUAACUGUUAAAGAAUUUGACGCAUUAGAACAAACCAUCAUAACGUUUAUGCCGUUUCUUCACGUUGGCUCGCACAGCCAGUCAAGCUGGCUCGGGCACGAACGACACAUCCGGAGGAUUUCAAUUUCUGUCAUAAUUUCUCCCGAUCUAAAAGACGCCGUAGAAAUGGAGGCGAUACACACCAAGGGUAUUUGGAUGGCAGAAUAUCUGCAGCAGCAGACAAAGAACCUAGAGCAGUUCUGGCUCACCAUCACUCACUUUGGAGAUCCCCAAGUAGGAUUUCUGUUCGUGUUCCCUUUAACUUAUUUUGUGUGUAAUCGAUUGGGAGUUGCGGUGCUGUGGGUCUCAGCCCUGUCGGAGUGGUUAAACUUGAUGCUUAAAUGGGUGCUGUUUGGAGAAAGGCCAUUCUGGUGGGUUGGUGAAUGUCAACUAUUUGUCAACACAAAGCCCAACAUCUCCCAGUUUCCAUGCACCUGUGAAACUGGCCCAGGCAGUCCGUCAGGACACUCGAUGGUGACUGCUGCAGUCUGGUGGGUUGUGGUGCCCCCUCUCAGCUCCUUUCUGCACUCCCACACUCACUGUUGGGUUAUAUCAGCUGCUCCCUAUCUGAUUUACGGGCUGCUGCUGGGUGCCGUUGGAAUAUCCAGGAUCUUUAUCCUUGCUCACUUUCCUCACCAGGUUGUUACUGGUAUCAUUGCAGGUAUCUUUCUGGGGAUUUUUCUUGUCCGUAGAGUGCCAGAAGGGCGCCCCCUAUUGUUCUUUGUGAGCUUCAGUGCAGGAAUGCUGUUCAGUGCUCUGAUUCUGAAUGCUGGCCUGCAGCUGGUUGGCAUUGACCUCUUCUGGACUGUCGCUUUGGCAAAGAAAUGGUGCAGCCGUGCUGAUUGGAUCCGCUUGGACACAGUCCCGUUGUCCUCCCUGGCCCGGGACUGCGGGACCCUUCUUGGCCUGGGGCUGGCCCAGUACUGGAAGCAAGGCGGACUGUCGUUCAAUCACCGCGCUCUUUCCCUGGCUGUGUCAUCCAUUGGGCUUUACCUCAUGUACAUCCUGCCGUUCCCUGACAAAUCACAAGGCCUCUUUUACUGCUUGGUCUUCAUCAAGUUCACCCUGGUGCCUCUGAUUGUCAUGGUGGUCAGUCCUGGGCUGGUUCACGUUUUCACACGCAAAAUGAAAAAGGAUUAGAGAGGCACUUCUUCACACAAGCCCAAGUUCUCUUGUCUUGAGUCUUUUACUCUUCUUACUUCUGAAUGUUUCAACUCUAAAUGUUAUAUUUCAGAUAUACAUCUCUAUUUAAUGGUGUUAAACAGGAACCAAAAAUUUAUGGUCAUUUCUUUUUAUGAUGUGAUCAAGUCACUUAUUUUUAGUUUGUCAAAAUAUUUGUAUCUUUGACAAUGCACUUUAGCAAUUUUCUAGAGCUAAUUGUGGGACCUUUUUGUUCCUCUGUUUCUGGAACAAAAACAGAAAUAUUUCCAAAAGUAGCAUUGUCUCUUCUGCAGUGAACAGCAACAGGAGGAAGAACUACUGUAUGUACUCUGGCAUCUCAUUAAAAGUAGUUCAAUUUGUAGGAAAUGUUUCAUGGAUAGUUUGAGGUAUCAAGACCAUUACGUUUGAAAACCUCAGUAUCCUUUAAUGCAGCUUACACUGGCCCGUGCAUAUAAGGCGACUUAAGGUUGUGUCAAAUUGUUUAAAGUUAACAGCACUUUCACACAUACCAGAUGUGUCAAACGUUAGAUUUAAAUCACUUAUUUUUUUUUACAGGCCCAGGUGUAAAGAUAUUGGUGGCCCAGGUGGUCGAGAUAUUCAGUCUAUGCUAUUUUAAACUGUAGUUGUUUUAGAGUCAUUUACUUUUGCAGCAAAAGGGGAAAAAAAAUAUACAAAAACAAAACUAUUUUACUGUGCAGUUGGACACCUGUUUUUUUUAUGCUUCCUUUCUGGACUAUUUAGUUAAAUCCUUUGAAGAGUCAACUAAAAAACAUUCCUUGCCUGUCAAAUUUCUACAUAUUCAUAAAGUAGCUAAUUAAUCCAGAUCCACAAAGUCUUAACACUUAAAUCUUUCUUGAUAGGAAGAUUUAUUUUUGAAUUGAGGAAACAUGUCAAUGUUAUUCAAAUUUAUUGAGAUGUACUAAUAUUUUUGAUUUCUGUUUCUACAAAUUAAAAAUUCUAUUUUAAGAGCCCUAAGAGGAUUGAGUCCAGAUUUUUUUUUUUUUUGCCAGGGUAUGGAAAGAAAGAAUUGCUAACAUUGUACCAAAUCUUGGUUUCAUGUUGUUUCAUGAGUUUGAUACUCUAUCACAUGCAGAUUAACAUCUUUUUACCAUAUCUAUGCAAUCGACAAGUCAAAAAAUAAAUGACUGACAUGCAUGACGUGUUUCAGUUUAUAACCAUUUAUAAAUAUGUUCUUUUUUUUAAUACAUAGUUUGGACUGUACAUGUUACAAUCAGUUAUCAUGAGAUAAAAACACAUUCUUUUUUAACAUUUUUAAUGAAACUUUAUCACAGCGAUCUGAAAGCUCACAUUUACAGACAAGAGAACUCUGCUCAGCAAGCAAAUACGUUAAAAACGAAAAUAAAGGAAAUCUUUUACUCGUCUGGUGAGGCUGAAGGAGAAUGAUGACAGUUCGGGGACAGCAGUAGUCUCCUUAUCUUAAUCCCGACACCGUAUCACACACUGCUAUACAUGUUUCUGCUGGAGCUUCAUGGAAAGAAUAGAACAUGCAUCGGACUAUUUACAGCAAACCAAUAUACACGUACAGCUCGAACUCGAACGCCCUUGGACUCCCACAGCUGAACAAGUCCUGUUUAAGUUAGGUAUGAUACAGUUUGACCUUCAUUUCUCUGGUAGCUGUUAAAACAGGAGACGAGGAGGAAAUCUCUCUGUUGAUCAUCUUUAUCUGACAUCACAAAGUAAAAAGCUACAGACAAAAAGCCUAUAACUUUUGUCAAAUAUAACAAGAACUUGACUAUUUUUGUUAUUCCACAUUACGAUGACUCCAAAUAUGGAGUUUCUGGAGAAAAUACCAAGCUUUAUUAUUAUUAUUCUAUAAUUCUAUUCUCUUUCAGCAGAUUUAUAUUAUUUCCAACAUUUGUGCAUUUAAGAAGCUGUUCUAACAUAGACUUUUUGUUUGUUUGUUUGGAACAAGGUGAGACAUGAUUUGGCCUUUAAAAAACAAAACGAACCCACAAAUCCGAGCCGGACCGAGCGCAGUAUCUAAACCACUAUAUACAGCUUGUGCUAGAAAGUCUAUACAUCCUCGCCAGUUUUAAAAACGUCGUUCUCUCCUCAUACCGUCACUCACCACCAAGCUGAAAAAUUAUACAGUAAUGGAAUCUAUGACAGUCUGGCCGCAUCGGACGCAGACCCACGCUCUCCAAAUUCACCAAGCGCAACAACCAAAGUAGAUAAAAUAUAUAAAGUGCACCCUUAGUUCAAAAUGUAAGACGUAUUCAUAGGGCAGAACUGGCUGGAGGAAAAAAAUUAUGAAAAUAAUAAAGCAGAAGAGGGAGAAAUGGGUAAGGAGAUGCAUUUGCUUGCUUGUAACCUUUGAGCACUAACCCGUCACUAUUUCGAAGGAGGGACAGAACCAAACUUCAAUGGUACUUUCAAUGUUAAACUUAGUUAACCAGUUAGUUACUUAUCGCUUACUCAGACAAAACUGUUUUAUUGCAAUCAAAGCUGACUUCUGUUAUGUAAUUCCAACAAUUAGAGCCACUAAUUAAUAACGAAUAGCUAACAUACUGCAGCCAAAUCGCUCAGUGGAUAUAUAAUGACAAUUUAGAAAAGUCUGGUUUUAAUUACGUUAAAAAAUGUCUCUUUUCAAAACAGUUCCUGCGUAUAAUGCCACAUGUCCCUGCUCUACUGAACAGAAAAAUAAACUAAUCUGUUUGGAAAUAAAAAAACCUAAAAAAAAUCCUGGUGUCAUAAGUGUGUUCAGCUUUAGACAAAUGCUUUCUUGGACUCUUCAAUUUCAGGAUUCAGUGUUAUUGAAUUCACUUCCACAAUCAAUUAUGUUGAAUUUAACAUUUGGAUCCUUUAGCUAAUCUAUAAAAGGAUCUCACUGUACAAAAUUAUCCCUGACCCUGGCAGAAACAAAGUAAAUUGAGUAUCAUCUUUGGGAAACAACUAUCUAAAUUUAUUUACAUUUUACUCCAAAAUGUAUAAAAAAUUAUUAAGGCCCUUUUAGAUUAGCAAGGGAAAACAUUUCUAUAUAGGCAAUAAAGCAAAUAAAGUCUUUUUAUAAUUGCUCAGCAGCUUUUUGCAUGUUUCCACUGGCAUCUUCAUGGUUUAUCUUUGGUGAUGUGCAACUGCUUUGAGGUUGGAAGGUUCUCUUUGCAAUCACCCUAAUGCUUAGCUCACUCCAUUAGAUUCAAGUUGGGAUUCUGGCUGGGCAACUCCAAAAUGUUACUACUUCCAGUCUGAAAAAAAAUUGUAAAAUCAAGAGAUGACUUUAAACAUUAGAGCCAUUGGCAAAACAUUGUAGUUUAAUGGAAAAAAAUCCAAAACCUCAGCUUUUGGGCCACAUCCUUUGCGAGGGUGUUGCUUCUCCUAAGAAGGAAAUGCUUCGAGAAUGUGGAUGAAAUUAUAAAUCAGUCAGUCGUGACCUCGAAUCUUCAGAUAUCUGGUAGCUAAAAUGAAGACACAUUCCGAUUUUCAAUAUCAUAGUGAGUCCAAAGAAAAAGGAUGACUUCACCUGAUGAAAAGUAAAGUUUUGGAACGGCUGAGCCAGAAUCCAGAACUAAAUCAGACAUAAAAUCUUGAGAGCUGUGGACCAGGGAUGUCCUCACAAUCUGACAGAUUUAGAGAACUUUUAGAAUGGACUAAUACCAAGAAUGCUGAACACUGUACAGUCAUAAAAAAAAAAAUUCUCAAAGAAUUACUUUAAAGGUGUUCACACAUAUGCAACCAGGUUAUUGCAUCUUUUUAUUUAAAUAAUUGUCCCUGAAAUAUAUUUAGUUUUUAAUUUCAUUAUGCAGAAGCUUUGAAAAUGGGCUACUUUUUUUAACGUCACAAUAUCCAAACAGUUAUAUAGGACGGGUGUAGAAAUGAAUAUACAUAUAUGAAUAUACAUGAAUAUACAUUUCUACACCCGUCGUAACAGUUGUGUUGCCAAUUAAAAGAUAAAAUUUAGAUUUGUUUUCAGCAUGCAUAAAUCCACACAGAAGUUGCAGCCUGACCAUUUUUUGAUCAUCUGAGUAAGAGUUUUAAUUAUCAACCUGUUCUAAUAAAGUUUCAUUUUGGGACAUAUUAUCAAUCCUUUGUUUUGUUUUCUUGUGUUAAAAAAAAAGAAGCAGAAAUGUAAAACAUGUGGUCUAUACCUGAUCAUUUAGGCCCCUUCACAAAGAAUAAAUCAACAACUUCAAUCUUAAAUAGUUUGCGAUUUGAAGCAGUUGCUUGCAUCUUUCGAAACAAUAAUAUAUCAAAGCUUGCCUGUCCCUCAUUUUUCGGAAUUGGUCAAUUUUCCCACCUCCAUAUGACUAGCAGUGUGACACAGUAGCAGGGCUAACAGAAUAAAAUUUAAAAUGCAAACUAUUCUUU